AUGGAGCGUUUUUUCACGUUGGAAGCGCUGAAAACAGUGCCAUACUACCACCUAUGCAUUGAAUUGAUUUUGAUCUAUUGUAUCUAUUGGCUCUACUUUUCUGGACCCCAAAGAGAUCGAAGGAGAAGACCCGAACUGACAGAAGCGGAGAAACAGAAACUUAUAGAUGAGUGGGAACCUGAGCCUCUCGUUCCGAUCGUCGAAGAACCGCAAGAUCGAAUCGUCAAACAGCUCCCGGGGUCAAAAAUUAUCGUCGACGGUGAUGAGUGUCUUGACUUUGGAUCAUUCGAUUUCCUCGGCUUGAACAAAGAUGAGGCUGUUGUGCAAUCUGGGAUGGAGGGAAUAAAAGACUAUGGCGUCGGAAGCUGCGGGCCAAGAGGCUUCUUUGGCACCUUUGAUGCGCAUAUUAACCUUGAAGUCGAGCUGGCGAACUUCCUAGGGGUUGAUGAAGCGAUUCUAUACAGUUACGGUUUUUCUACAAUCGCCUCCGCUAUUCCUGCGUACGCAAAAAAGGGCGAUAUUCUUUUUAUCGAUGAGCAAUCAAACUUUGCGAUUCAACAAGGUGCUAAAGCUUCGCGCUCAACCAUCCGUUGGUACCGCCAUAAUGACAUGGAUCACUUGAAAGAACUGCUUGAUUCUCAAGCUGCCAUUGAAGCCAAGAACCCCAAAAAGAAAGCAAAAGUCACCCGAAAAAUACUCAUCGCAGAAGGCAUCUACCAAAAUACAGGCUCAAUCGCUCAACUAAAAACGAUGGUAGAAUUCAAAUACAAAUACCAAGUCAGAAUCUUUCUUGACGAGUCUAACUCGUUUGGCGUUCUCGGUGAAAGCGGAAAAGGAUUGACCGAACAUCUGAAUGUUGAUGUGCUGGAUAUUGAUCUGAUCAGCGCAGAAACUGAGCGUGCCAUCCCUUCAAUCGGAGAACACUCCAACGCCUUCGAUCUAACCGGAGACGAAAUAAGUCCUAUCAAACACUUACUUCUAACACAUCCAAAUAAUAAUGAAAACCUCAAUGCGAUUAGAUCGCUUGUUCAGUCAGCUCAAGCGCAAGGGAUCGCGCUCGUCAGUGGCGAAAAACUAGACCAAGAUAGAACAUGCAAUAAUAUUUCAAUUAGACUAACAGUUUCUGCUGCAUUUUCCGAGGAAGAACUGUCUUCAUGCGUCGAUGUUUUAUCAAGCCUUAUCAAGCAGCUUACAGUUUCCAAGUCCAGUAUUUAA